CAAAGAUACUCCCAUAGAAAACAGAAACCAACGACUCUUUCGCUCAUUUCCCAACUAAAAAAAAGAAAAGAAAAGAAAAGAAAAGAAAGAAAGAAAGAAAGAAAGAAAGAAAGAUUUGCCCCUCCAUCCUUAGUCGCAGCCACACUGUCACUGUUUCUCGAUUCGUAAAAUCGGUGAUAAUGGCUGAACAUGAACAUGGAGUUGCAGAGGAAAAAACCCAACUUUUCUUGACAGGGAAGCUUUGAUGGGGUGGAGAGUGGGGGCUGUCGGCCCAUCCAUGUCGAUGUCGUCCUUCCUCUUUAACAGUUUUUUGCGUGUUCUUCCACACUGCCAAGUCAUAAUGCGCAUACCAUUCUAAGUUCACUUUCUCCUCUCUCUCCCCUUUUUUUCUGUUCUUCUCAUCUCAUUUUCUGCUUUUAGUCAUCUUCUUUCUCCUUCUGUCUUUAAUGGCGGCCACCUGAACGUCCACCCACCCACCCCCCACUCUGGGGAAAAUAGUUCUUUGUUGUUUAUGAUUUCGGUUCUCCUUUUUGGUCGGUGAAGCAAUUUAACAAAAGAAUAAAGAGAAAAAAAAAAAAAAAAAUUGGUUUUUGAUAUCUUGAGAUAUCCGUCCAGGGUGGAUUUCCAGAAGCUCUGACUUUUUAGGAAAUUGAUGGAGGAAAGAGGAGACUUUGUUUCGAAGGUUUCUCAGCUUGCUGCAGAUUGAAUUGGGUUCUUCGGUUCAUUCGCUUCUUCAGAAGAUUGCCUUUGUCGUAGGUCCAGAAAAGGGGAGGUGUCAAUCAGCACUUUUACGAGUUUGUCACUAAUUGGGACUUGAAAUGAUUCCGAGUCUCUUAAUAGUGGCUGAAGGUGGAUUAUCAGUGGCUUUUAUCAGUUUCCUUGUAAUAGAAGCUUGAAAAUGAGAGGAAGGAGCGAUGGAUUUGGAUUAUACGUAAGAGCGUUUUCUGGUGGAAUCUUUCUGAUAAUAGCUGAAAUUAAGAAGCUGUGGUGAAAAGCAAUCGUUUCCAAUUAAGGCCUAUAAUCCAAUUAUGUUGAGAGACAAGCUCUUCAGUAAUUUCAUUCAAUGAUCCUGGAAGCUGGAAGAAAGUUAUUCCCCAUCUAUGAUCCUCGAAGUUGAUUGAAGCUUUAAUUAACUAAAUUUGUGUUUGAGCUGAAGAGAAAUGCGGUUUGGCAAAAGCUUCAAGAGUCCUUAACUGGAAGAUGCGUCAUUAAAGGCGGAAAACGUGGAUUUGGCAAAAGCUUUGAUUCCUUUUCAGCUAAAGUAGCAGGGAUCCUUGGCUUUACCCAUUGGAAAGCUUGGAGUUUGAAAUUGGAAUUUGGUUCUCUGCUUCUUUUGGAAGAUAACCUCCCUCCUGACAUCAAUAAUUUCAGGUUGAAUAAUCAUUCAUCAUGACAAAGAAAUCGAAGAGACGCCCCCCAUGCAAUGGGAAAGACCAGUCAAGCUGUAUGUCUGGUUUCAUUAGUUUAUUUGACUUCCGCCUGGGUCGUACCACUCAAAAACUACUUUCAGAUAGAAAAUGUCGGACCAGACAUGCUGUCGGUGGUGGAUAUUUAAAGAGUAGACGUAAUUUGCCUACUAGUAUGGAUGAAACAUGUUCUAGCAGUGACGAUGGUGACAUAAAAAUACAGAAGGUUGGCAUGGCUAAGACAAGCGUGAAGAAACUCAUCGAAGAAGAGAUGUCAAACGAGCAGCACCCAAAACUGAAGAUGGGAAAUGCUGCCCUAAAAGAGACACAAUCUGAUUCAAAAAACAAAAACCACUUGGGGAAGAACCAUAAACAGUCAACCAAGUCCUUCAGUGAAGCCUGUGAUAUGCAUGUCCAUGAUUCUAAAGCCUCUGCAAGCUUAGAAUAUCAACCACCUAGUGAUCCAGAUUCAGAGGGCCCAUCUUCAAAUAAAAUCAACCUAGCUUCAGUUAUGGAAGAGUUCUGCAAUAAGUUCCAUCAUACCCAAGAAGCACAUCCGCACCAUGAAAAUGGAGGAAAGUUUUGUAGUGUACAGGAAAGUACUAGUUUGGAGAAGCUUAACCAUCUUGAUAAGCUUAUUAUGCAGCUGAUUCAUAGUCCUAACAUUUCAGAAAAACUGAGUGAAGCAACUGAGGCAUUUCUAAAUCAGAAGUUCAUUGAAGCAGAACAGCAGAGUAGAGGCCACCAGUCCCAACAGUUCAUGGAUGCUUUAGAAAUGUUGAACUCAAACAAAGAACUGUUUUUGAAACUCCUACAGGAUCCAAACUCUCUAUUGGUGAAAAAUAUUCAAGACCUACGUGAUGCUCAAGCAGUGGCUGGACGAACUAAACCAUUGCCAGAAGAGAAGUUGAGUAAUUCAAGGGAGUGUGAGAAGAUUGAUAAAAAGUUACAAAGGCUAAAUGUGCAUACUUUUUUCAGGAGAAAGAUGAAACCUCAGAAUAUUAACCAAUCAAAGGGAAGUGACACUCCUCAGGCCUUGGACAGAAUAGUAUUGUUGAAACCCGGUCCAGAAGGCAAGCGAAAUUCUGGAACUGAAACCAGUCCUAGCUUGAGAAUUGAAGAACAAAGCGUGAGAGUCAACUCCCGUUUUUCUCUUACAGAUAUUAGAAGGAAGCUAAAACAUGUUAUGGGAGAAAGAAGAACGGAGCAUCGUUGGCCUCCUAUGGAAGGUAGCUUGGAUAGAAUACCUUGCAAACGCGCAGAAUCAGAAGGUAGGAGAGGGAUUAAUGGGGAGGUCACUGAAAGAAGUUCACCCAGAGAAUGCAAUUUCCAUAUUGAAAAAAUCUCCAGUCCUAUGAAUGUCAAGGGAAGAGGCAAGGUAAGCCAGUCAAAAGACUAUGAACUGAUCACUAGACAUGAAGAUGCUCCAACUAGUGUUGAUAGCCAAAACAUCAACAUAAAAAAUGUUGAAGAUUCUAAACAAAGAGAAUCUAAUAUUUACAUUGAGGCUAUAAAACAUCUAGCCCAAAUGGUCAGCACUGGAGAAGAUGUGGAUUUGUCAAGCGGACAGAUUCCAAAGACCUUGGGUAGGAUACUUUCACUGCCUGAAUACAGCACGUCACCUAGAUUCCAUCCUGGAAGGGACGAGGAACAUGCAUCUCUAACUGCACAGAUGAGAGUUCAGCUUCAGGACAAUGUCCAGAUGAUCAGUGAGAAUGUAAGCCAGCUCGAAGAAGACAAGGGUCCUGGAAAUCUAACCUCACCGUGGCAGAAUAUAGAGACUCCACUGUGCCAAAAUGAUGAUAAAGACUCAAAUUCAGAUAUCUCACAGAAGCUUCCUCCUGAUAGAAGAAUGCAGGAAAGCACUAGUUCUGCUAACGAGGUUUUGAGUCCAGACGUUGAUGUAAAUACUAUUGAAGUGACUAGCAUCAAGCACCCAGAAGAGAAUACCCUCUUGGAAAUGCUAUCUAAGCCAGAUUGUGUCACAGCCAUUGACACAACCAACCUAACUACAGAUACCAUCGGUACUUUUGAGGAAGAAGAAACUUACGAAUGCUUGAAGUUGGACUCGAAUCAAAAGAAUCAGCCAUCAUCUUCUACUUCUGGUCCCUCCUCACCAAGCUCUGUACUUAUUAAUAAAAUUGAAGAUCAAAAGGGCAUCAAUGACAAACAUGAGCAGCCAAGUCCGGUGUCUGUUCUUGAGCCAUUCAUCCAAGAAGAUUCUAGCAGCCCUGAAAUUACUGUAUCGCAGCGAGUUAAGCCACCAAUUCAACCACUACAAAUUCAUCUUGGAAAACAUGACUCUUCAGAUGUGGUGUCGGAAAGUUCAGAUCCAGAAACCUUUGUAAGUUGUAUGGAGGACAAAAGGUCCACCUUUGACUAUGUAAAGGCAGUAUUGAGAAUCUCUGGCUUAAGAAACUGGGAUGAAUUCUUGGAGAUAUGGCAAUAUUCAGACCAGCUAUAUAUAGACCAGCUACUUGACCCUCCUCUAUUUGAUGAAGUGGAGGUCUCAUCUGGUCAACUUCGUAGUGAUCAAAAGCUGCUCUUUGAUUGCAUCAAUGAAGUUCUUGUGGAGAUGUAUGAGCAUUAUUUUGGUUGUUGCCCUUGGGUAUCAUUUGCCAAACCAAACAUCAGGCUGAUCCCAGUAGGGGAAAAUCUCAUCCAUGAGGUAUUGGAAGGCAUUGAUUUCCAUCUUCUUCCCCAAAAUCAGCCACUUACACUGGACCGGAUUCUACAGAAGGACAUGGCAAGAGCAGGAAAAUGGAUGGACCUAAGAUUUGACAUUGAUAUUUUUGGUAAUGAAAUGAGGGAUACCAUCCUGGAAGAACUAACUGAAGAAAUAAUAUAUGAGCUGUGUAUGUGAAGUUGUGAUACUUCCUUUAGUUUUUCCACACUUCAAGCAGGUUGAGAAAAAAAUGGACUGACUCAGCUUCUGAAAAACAUAGGUUUGAGGUCCUGUCAAGUAGCACCUACAGCACGCGGGUAAGCUAGGUUGCACAAAACCCCAUCAAGACGAGGAUAUUUCGUCUUAAAAAGGGGAGAAGUAUAUAACUUGCCUCAAGAUGGGUUGUACAAGGUCAUACAAUGGCUUUGGCCUGGUUGAAACGAAAGUGUCGGAUGAUCCCAGAAAUAAAACAGCUGAGGUUCCAUCAAGAGGGCUCUCCAUGUUUUUCCUUUUUCUUCUUCCUCAGCUGUUCAGACCUGAUCAACCCAUGGACUAAUUGAGUAAUAUUCUAGUUAACUUUGAGCCUCGUCAUUGUAAGAAGGAGGUGGGGUGCAGUUUUCUGUUUGAGAGUAUUGGUUUUAGUCACUUGUUUUGACUCAUUGUGCAGUGUUACUGUCUUCUUUCUCUUUCAGUUUGAUUUCGAUCUUUUGGGUGGUGGUUGUUCUUCAGCUCACAAGUUUGAGUGUAUUUUAUUGUAAUUAGAAAAUUUUUCUUUUUAGUGAAGAUUUUGCAUCCAGAGCUUUUAUUCUCU